CGCGCUGCUGCAACAAGAGACAGGACGCGGCUUGGAUCACAAAUAGGAACAGUGCGCAUGCGCCCUUCUUGCCAUUUACUGUAUAUUCUCUGUGAAAAAAAGGAACAGGCAACAAAACCAAGCUUUUUACAGCAAACUGGCUCCAGCAAUACAAUUAACCUCAGGGGAGACAAAGCAGGGCAAAAUCAACAGGGGUUUGGGUGUGAUGAAACAAAAGAACAAAGGAUGCCUUAGAAGAAAGACACUUCCUCAUCCUGGAUUCUGCUAGAGAGCGCAUCUAUGGAUUUAUCUUCCGCCUGCUCCUCCGUCUGGAUCAUGAUACUUGACUGAGGCUUUCUUCGUCGCAUCCCCUCUCUCUAUGGCGAACUAUAGCCAUGCAGGUGACCACAACAUCUUGCAGAAUCUCUCCCCUCUCACGACAUUCCUCAAAUUGACCUCCCUGGGCUUCAUCAUUGGUGUCGGCGUGGUUGGUAACCUCUUGAUCUCCAUCCUGCUGGUGAAAGACAAAACCCUGCACAGAGCCCCCUACUACUUUCUGUUCGACCUGUGCGUCUCGGACAUACUGCGAUCUGCCAUCUGUUUUCCGUUCGUGUUCACCUCUGUCAAAAACGGCUCCUCGUGGACGUAUGGGACGCUCACCUGUAAAGUGAUUGCCUUCCUAGGAGUGUUGUCUUGCUUUCACACGGCUUUUAUGCUGUUUUGCAUUAGUGUCACCCGAUACCUCGCCAUAGCCCAUCACCGCUUUUACACGAAAAGAUUAACCUUCUGGACCUGCCUGGCUGUGAUCUGUAUGGUUUGGACGCUCUCAGUCGCUAUGGCUUUCCCGCCUGUACUGGAUGUGGGGACCUACUCAUUUAUCCGGGAGGAAGAUCAGUGUACCUUUCAGCAUCGCUCAUUCAGGGCUAACGAUUCGCUGGGAUUUAUGCUGCUGUUGGCCCUCAUCCUACUAGCCACCCAGCUAGUCUACCUCAAGCUCAUCUUUUUUGUGCACGACCGGAGGAAGAUGAAACCCGUUCAGUUCGUGCCAGCUGUCAGCCAGAACUGGACCUUUCAUGGUCCGGGGGCUAGCGGCCAGGCGGCGGCCAACUGGUUAGCUGGCUUCGGCAGAGGCCCUACACCGCCUACUCUUCUGGGAAUAAGGCAAAACACCAACACCACGGGCAGGAGAAGACUGCUCGUCCUGGAUGAGUUUAAAACUGAAAAGCGAAUAAGCAGGAUGUUCUACAUCAUGACGUUCUUCUUUUUGACCCUGUGGGGCCCCUAUCUUGUUGCCUGCUACUGGAGAGUGUUUGCUAGGGGGCCGGCGGUGCCAGGGGGUUACCUGACGGCCGCCGUCUGGAUGAGUUUUGCCCAGGCUGGUGUCAAUCCCUUUAUCUGCAUCUUUUCCAACAGGGAGCUGAGGCGCUGUUUCAGCACAACCCUCCUUUACUGCAGAAAAUCCAGGCUACCCAGAGAACCCUACUGUGUUAUAUGAGGGUUUGCUUGAUUGAUAUCUGCUUUUUAUCCUAUGUAUGACACACACGCUCACACCUUAUCCUACCACCGCACCCCUCCUCCCUUACUCCCCGUAGCCGGCAGAGAAAUCUGAGCUGUCAUGAAUGAUAAAAAGGAGGAUGCACACAAAGAAUUCGCAUUGGUUACAAACCACAUCCUGGUUUAGAAGAAGUGGUGUCCGUGUUUAUGUUCUAAUAAACCACUGCUUUGGAAGCUUUGUGGGGCACUGGGAUUUAAAAUAAUUCCUAAAUAAAUGCAUUCGACUUUGGAUAUCAUGUCGCUGGAUACUUGAAAAAAGUUUUGAAUAAGACACACGACGCGGCUUUUUUUCUCCAAGAAAUCGUUGACUAUUGUUAGUUUUUCACCUUUCAAAAGUUGCACUAAAAUUAAGGAAGAAUCCAGACUUUUACCCGAUUAAUUUACUUGCUCGGAGAGAACAUCUUGGUUUACUCAAACAAAGCAAUGCUUUUUUUUUCUAACAACAGGGCUUUCCUUUGCUGUAAGUAAAUCAAGGUUUUGUGUACGGUGGGGACGGAUUUCUUUGUACUGCACCAACACCAGAAUGAGCAGAUUUUAAAUUAAUUGUAAUUUUUUUUUCUUUCGGGGUGAAAUUGUGUGCUUUAAAUUCGCAAUUUUAAUAGAUCUAUCUAUUGUAGGUUACUAUUAAUAUUCCUAUUGUCUGGACGUUUUGAAAAAUUUCUUUUAGAUCUUUGUUAAAUAAUGAAGUGGGGGGGUAGCAAUUUUUUUUUUUUUUUGGAAAGCCAGACUUUAUUUUUCUUAACUGUAAAUCCCUUUAUAUAUGCAGUCAAACACAUAAGUAAUUAUUUGUUUUGCAA